AUGAAAAUCAAGAAGGACAAUUUCGCAUUUCGUUUUAUGUACAACAUAUAUAAUACCAACUGCUUUGGUGCGUGGUAUACCAAGCGACAGUUAAACAGAGUUCAUGAAAAGCGACCAAAUGGACAUUCCUCAGCUGCCACAUUUACCUAUGGAGAUAUUACUGUAACAGCAGUUCCACAGAACAGUGAUAACUAUAGCUAUAUGGUUAUUUGUGGAUCAACUAAUGACUGUGUUGUUAUCGAUGUUGGCGAUGCGCAACCCAUACUCCAGUGUUUGAGCGAUGAAAAUAAAAUACCGCAAGCAGUACUUGUCACCCAUAAACAUUGGGAUCAUUGCUACGGUAAUAGAGAACUGAAAAAACGGUAUAAGGAGUUAAAUAUUUAUGGUGGCGAGAUUGACCGACCCGCCGAUGUGAAUAUGUAUGUUCAAAAUGAAGCUUUGAUCGAGAUUGGGAAGUUGCAUUUCAAAGCAUUGCACGUUCCUGGACACACCGCUGGCCACAUGAUUUACGCCUUGCAAUUAAAUGAUGAACUCAAAUGUUUGUUCACGGGAGACUUUCUGUUUAUCGCUGGAAUAGGUAAAAUCUUUGAAGGAAGCACUUCACAAAUGAUUAAUUCAUUAUUGAUGCUGAGUGAUUUUCCACCAGAUACUAUCAUUUUCCCUGGUCAUGAGUAUGCGAAGCUCAAUUUAUCUUUUGCUUUGUCACUGGAAAAAGAUAAUGAGGUACUGCAAGCAGUAAACGAAGCAGUACGUGAAAAACGGACCGCUCGCUCGCCUAUUGUUGGAGUCACUCUUGGUGAUGAAUAUAAAAUCAAUCCUUAUUUGCGCACCUGUUCUUUAAAAUUUCGGAAAGCUUUGGUUGCUGCUGGUUACAAUGUGCCUGUGGAGGCAAAAGUAGUCGCUGGUCGAGACAUUGAUGAAGUGAAAGAUAACUCAAUGGAAGCCCAAAUUGCUGUUUUUGAUGCUUUAGAAAAAGCCAAAAAUGAUUUUACAGAAGAACUCGUGAAACAAUUAGAACGAAAACGUCCUAAGAGCGUCCGAAGUAAUGCGUAA